AUGGCGUCGCUGGGGCUGAGCGAGCGGGAGCAGGCCGGGUGCCGCCAGCUCCUGGAGUUUCUCGAGACCGAGGAGCUGAUGGCGCUGACGGACACCGUCACCAACCGCCUGGUGCACCCGGAGGGCCGACAAGAAGCCAUUCGUGCCAUUUUGGUUUACAGCCAAAGCGUAGAAGAACUUUUGAAACGCAGAAAAGUCUAUAGAGAAAUAAUUUUUAAGUAUUUGGCAGCACAAGGAAUUCCAGUGCCUCCUUCCUCUGAGAAACAACUACUUAUUGAUCGUGUAAAGCAGUACUGGAGUGGGCAACUCACAACACAUCCCUCAGAGUCAGGGGAAAGAAAACCACACGCAGAGAGUCACGGAGAGAGACAAAAGUCACCACAAGAUGCCAUUCGUGAUCUAGGAGAGGAAUUCUGUCAAUGGUUCUUUGAACUCCUGAAUUCUCAGCAUCCCUUGGGAGCAAAAUCUGAAGAAGGAUGGGGACCACAGCAUUUUUGGGAAGAUGCUAAAAUGAAGUUCUGUUACAACACAUUAGAAAAAAACAUGGAAGAAUAUGUUGGUGCAGAAAUGGUGAGCCUUCGUCUCCUCUCGUUGGUUAAAGAAGAAUAUCUUCUGUUCAACCCUAAUUUGCAUGCCAGUGGACUGAAAUGUACCAUGUCUCGACAUGGGUUAGUACUGGUAGCAGUGGCUGGCACGGUACAUAGAGACAACACUUGUUUGGGCAUCUUUGAACAAAUUUUUGGACUCAUUAGCUGUCCUGUUAAGGAGAAUACCUGGAAAAUAAAAGCUGUGAACCUUAAAAUAGUUGGACAGAAUGCUCUGGAGCCUGGGAUGCAAAUUGAAAAACCCUCCCUAAAAUAUGAGUCAAACCAACUGCAAGAGUUAUAUGAUGGGAAAGAACUGACUGUGUUUGAACCUCAGAAAUUCUGA